AUGGCCACGACUCCCCCGGCUCGCGACAGAGCUUCUUCGGAAAGCCUGCCAGUCGGGAGUCCGCUGCCCAAGAAACUGCCCGCCCCCUCAACACCCACGAGCUCCAUCCGCCGCAUGAUGGCUGCCAAUGCGCCUUCUCCAGCCUCGAAAGAGGGUGCUCCACCCCGUCGCUCGACUGCAACCAGCGGCACUGCUGCGAGUGCCCGUCGACCUACUGCCGCAUCAGCAAGCACGGCGCGAACACCCACGAGCGCGUCAAAAGCCCCCACCACAGCGACUUCACGCACAAGCACAGUUGGAUCCAGCUUGAACAAGCCGCCUACGCGUCCAGCGGCAGGCACUACAGCCCGUAGAACCAUCUCGUCUUCCAAGACCGCAUCCGAUGCCGAGCCAGACCUGUCUUCUGUGACGUCGGGGGACGAGAAGAAGAGAACACCAGCAGUGCGCCGGACGCCCGUCACAUCAUCCACUGCCUCGCGACCAUCGCCGGCUAAGCCAACGUCGCGCCAAUCCCUUGCCUCCUCGACCACCACGCCCACGAGUGCAGCCAAGCGUCCCGCGACAACACGCCCAUCCGCAGAGGCAGCCACGACCCGCGCAACUCCGCGUGCUUCCCUGGCUUCAUCGACACGCCCGACCCCUACCCGACCAGCGGCAGGAGCGAGAGCUGCAGGCGCAACACCAAAGGUGCCGUCGGGACACGCGAAGAAGCUGUCUGUCUCUGCCCCUCCACCCCCAGCACCGGAGACCGAGGAUACAGCAGAGGAAGCUGAGAGCCCCGUUGUCGUAUCCCCGCGCCGCAUUGCGCCCCUCAAAGACAAGGCCGCGUCUGACAAUGAAGCCGGAAACCGCAGGAGCGCUCUCGAGCCCAUCAGGGCAUCGCUGGCGAAACUCGGCGAAGAGCCGCCGCGACCGGAUACUGCGCCGACGGGACGUGCCGAAAUGGAUGUGGAGAUGAAAAGGCGGAGCGCUCAGAUCAUGCAGGACUUCUUCAAGGAGACCAACCUACGCGACAAGCUGCAGGAGCAAUGCGAAGACCUCACCCGUGAAGUCGACAACCUCCAUUCCGAAAAGGACAAGCUGCGCAAACAGCUGGCCGAUGCCCAGGCCGCCAUUGUCGAAAAGGACAAGGCCAUCUCAGGCGGCUCAGAUGCCUCGCCAUCAGAGCAACGCGCCCACACAAUCCUCGUCGAGGACAUGGAAAAGAAGUUUGCGAGAGAGACCAAGCAGCUGGAAGAGCAGAGUCAACAGCUCGAGGAGGAGAAGAAGGCUGCGCAGGAGAGAGAAGCUACCGAAGCUGCCAAGGCCAGCGAGCUGCAGCAGGUCCUCGACGAUCUGAAUGCCGAGCUGGAACAACAGGGACGUCAAUGGGACGAGGAGAAGAAGAGACUUGUCGAGCAAGCCACACAAAUCGAGGAGCUCACCCAUGAGGUCACCACACUCCGACAAGAGCGCGACAGCCUCUCCCAAGAGCUGGACAUCGCCAAGAAGACAUUGGAAAAUCUCGAGACAAAAUUCACAGAGCUCGAGCAGAGCCAGUCGGACAAUCUCCGUGCGCGCGAUGCUAAGAUCACCGAGCUGACCAAGACUGUCGGCGAGUACGUAGAACAGGUUGCUUCUCGGGAGGAAAUACACAACAACGCCCUGCAAGAAGCGCAGCGAUCCCUCGAAUCAAAGUCAACAGAGUCUUCGGCAGCGGUUGAGCAACUCCAAUCCGAGAUUAAAUCGAUACACCAGAAGCACACGGAUGAACUACGCAUCAAGGAAGACACCAUUGCGUCCCACCUCCAGACCCAGAAAGAACUACAGGACGAUAUUGCCAAACUGCAAGAGCGGGCCGACCAAGUCUCUGCGGACCUAGAGAAAGAACGCAAUGCGCACGCAGAACAGAUGCAAGCCAAAAUCGAGGAGCUCCAGAAAAGCUCAGAGCGUGAGCUACGCGCGAGAGAGGAUGAGCUUUCCGGCCAUCUCAAGUCCAUCGACGGUCUUCAGGAGCAGAUUGUGGCGCUUCAACAAGGCUCGACCGAUGGUGCCAAAGUAGCUGAAGAGCUCCACAAGCAAAUUCAGGACCUGAAGGAGUCACACGAAGCUGCAAUCAAGGUCAAGACUGAUGAGUGUGACGAGCUUGUCCGACAACUGGAUGCCAUUAACGAUCAGCUUACCACUGACGCUGCCGAACUCGAGCAGCUUAGGGAAGAGACCGCUAGUUUGCGCAGCACUAUCGAAACACUUGAGAAAGCCUCGCAGCAGCAAGAGUCUCAACACGCUUCCGACAUGGCCAAGGUUCAAGCUGAGCUGAAUGAGGCAAACAAGAAGAUGGAAGCCCAAAAAGCAGAGCUUGAUACCAUGCAUGAUAAACACAAACAAGAUCUCCGCGUCAUCGGCGAGGACUACGAGCGUGAAAUCGAGUCUCUGAGAGCGGAUCUGGAAGGAGACGCCACAAAGCGACUCAAUACCCUGCAAGCCGACUACGAUUCACUUGUCGCUGAGAAGAACGAUACUCUAAGACAGCACGAGGGUGUACUUGCUGAGCGGUCCACGGAACUGGAAGCUCUGAAGAAAGACCUGGUGGAUGCCAAGGAGAACUCCGCCCGUGCAACGCAAAAUCGCGACGAUGCUCUUGCCAAACUCAAGGAUGUCGAAGAAGAGAAGGCUACUCUCGCAGAAGCUCAUGGCACUUCACAGUCACUUGUUGCUGAUCUUCAAGCCCGCGUUGACAACCUUACUCAGGAAGUUGCUGCUGUCCAAGGUCUUCAGUCUAAACUAGACCGAUUGGAAGAGGAGAAAUCGGCCACCAUGGAGGCACAUGCCAUGUCUCAGUCAAUCAUUGCUGAUCUGCAAGCUCGUCACGACUCUUUGUUGGAAGACAAAACUUCGGCUGAAGAUGCACACAGUCGCGCAAUUGAGGCCUUGAAACAGGAUUCUGAGAGCCAGACAAAGCAGCUACUCGGUGAGCUGGAGUCCAAAUAUGAUGCUUUACUGGCAGAGAAGAAAGCUGCUGAAGAGAAACACCUCAACGCCCUUGAAUCUCUAAAGCAUGAUGCCGAUGCCUCAUCCAGGCGAACGAUCGAAGAGCUCCAAUCCAAGUACGACGCUCUACUAAUCGAGAAGAGCACAGCCGAGCAAGCACACGAACAAGCCAUGGAGUCCUUGAAGCAAGACUCUGAAAGUCAGUCGAGGCAACUAACCAGUGAGCUCCAAUCGAAAUACGAUGAUUUGCUAGAGGAGAAGAAAGCCGCUGAAGAGGAAUACCACAAUACUAUCGAAUCCUUGAAGCAGAAUGCCGAUACUACUUCUAAGCAGACGGUCGACGAGCUUCAGUUCAAGUACGACGCUUUACUAGACGAGAAGACUGCAGCCGAGGAAGCGCACAAACACGCCAUGGAAGCUUUGAAGGAAGAAUCAGAGACCACAUUGAAACAACACCUCGACGAGCUUCAAACAAAGUACGAUACACUGCUAGAGGAGAAGACCGCGACUGAAGCAACCCACUCUCAGACGAUAGAAGCCUUGAAGGCGGAGUCUGAGAGCAAGACCAAAUCGAUUUUAGGCGAACUUCAAUCCAAGUACGACGCGCUAUUGGAAGAGAAGUCUUCUGCAGACAACGAACAUAGCCGCAUUGUCGUGCAGUUGAAGGAAGAAGCAGACAGUACAUCGAAGCAACUGUUGGGCGAGCUCCAAGCCAAGUAUGAUCGAGUAGAGGAGGAUAUGAAGAGCACAUCUGAAGCCUUGAACGCUUUGCAGCUCAAGUACGAUGCUGUCACUGGAGACAUGAGCAGCAGUGAGGGAAGCCACAAGGCUGAGAUUGAGAAUUUGCAGAGUCAACGGGACGACCUCUCCAAGCGACUUUCAGACCUUGAAAAGAGCCACGCAGAUUCGCUCACAGAGCAGCUGAUGGCUCAAGAAACGCACACCAAGGCACUCGAAACGCAACAAGCCGAGAUCGAACAGAAGUAUGCCAGCCUACUAGAGAUCAUGCAAAGCGAUGCAGAUCGUUUGGAACAAGAGAAGUCAGCGGCAAUUUCAGCAAAACAAUCCGCACUCAAUGAGCUUGCUACUCUCAAGAAAGAACUGCAUGCUGAAAUUGAUGAACUCAAGAAAGGACUGUCAACGAGAAGUCAAGGUAGUGCAACUGGAGUUGAUGAGUUAGCUCAAAAGUACGAGAUUCUUCUCGCCGAAAAGGCUGCCGCCGACAAGGAGCAUCAGGAAGCCGUGGCAAAGCUCAAGGAGUCGCUUACGCAGGACCACGAACAAGCAUUCUCAAAGCUACAAUCCGAGUACAAUGCGUUGCAGGAAAGAGCUGCCAAGACAGAUCAAGAACAAAGUGAUGCUAUCGAGCUACUGAAGGAGGAGUUCAAGACAGGCCAUUCGAACGAUAUGGCGACUCUAAGGCAGCAGCUUGGAGACGUGCAGAAACGGCACUAUGAUCUCACAGAGCAGAAAGCAUCCAUGGACCAGGCGCAUGAGGAAGCUAUCAGUGAGCUCAUGGCCGGUAUGGAAGCUAGUACCAACGACGCCUUGCAGCAAUUGCGUGAGAAAUACGAUGCCCUCACUGCCGAAUUGGAGGAGGAGCGUCUCAAUCACAUUAGCGAGCUGGAGACUGCAAGACGAGAGGCAGCUGAACAGCAAAGCUUACAUCAAGCCGCGCCGCAACAGAGCCAAAGUUCAGAGGUUGCCGACACCUCCGCAUCGGAUGUGGCAGUGUACGAAGAAAAGCUUCGCGUACUUGAACAAGAGCGGAACAAAGCCAUCAGGGCUGCCGAAGACGCAGAAGACCGUAUCGAAACCAUGAAAGGCGAGGUCGUGCGCAAGCAUCUAGCCCGCGUAGAACCCCUAGAAAAGGAGAACGCUUUUCUCCUCGACAAGAUCGACCGCCUCGAGGCCAUGCUAGCAGCUGGUGACCGUAUCGCUCGUGUCGCGGCCACCGUUGGCGAGAGACGCAAUAUCAACAGUUUGGCUGAGGAAGAUGAAGACUCGGCUGAAGAUGCGUGGCCUGGUGCCCAGCCCUCCAAAGUAAAUGGAACGGGCGACCACAAAGACGUGGUCGGAACUAUAGCAGCCAUGCAAGAGUCUCUGAAGCAGCUCGCUGAGCUCAACAACGAAGCAAUCUCUGAGAGCACCAAGACGGCCCAGAAACUCACCAUGGACCAAGACUAG